ACAGACACAGGGGCAGUGUGCACUGAGCGGAAUCACGUAGGGCAGACACUUUUAUGGAGAAAUUCAAGUGGCUGCAGAGAGCGGUGUUGCCUGGUGACAAGAUCAGAGCGGCUCACGGAAGUUGACAAAAUGGAUUUGCUGCAACAACAAAUAAUUGGACUAUGCCGUGUUCACCCUGAAGGCGUUCCUUUAUCUCAAUUAUCCAGCCUAUACCAGCAGAUGUACAAGACAUCAUUGGAGUUGUCAGAUUAUGGGUUUCACUCCACAUCAAGUCUCCUGGAGCACAUGAAGGAUGUGGUCCAAUUGGAUUAUGAUGGACGAAAGGUCAUUAUUAAGUCAGCAAGUGGGAAAGGAUCAGCAGAGUGCAGCUGUCCUUCCAGCAGCAUGUUAGAAAAGUUGCCUCUGGUUAAUCUAUCUUACAACCAAAUGCGGAUUCCAAAUCAGCAUCAGGUGAAUAAGGAAGCGAGAUUGAAGGAUGAAUUGAUGAGGCUCUUUUGUUGUUACCCUGAAGGCAUUACUCUACAUAAGUUAGAGAAACUUUAUAAAAGACAAUACAAGAAGCCUUUGAAUGCUGCAGACUACAAAUUUCCAACAGUGCAAGCCAUGGUGGAAUCGAUGAAUGACAUUCUCCGACUAAUACCCACUAACAAAGGGUUUACCAUCAAAACCAAAUCUCGACAGUACACAAGAAAAAUGCAAGCGAGGAUCCUUCAGAUUCCAGAGACAUCUUUUGGUUCUUCUGAAACUCAGACUUUGAUCCAGGGAGAAAGUAAACGUGAUUGCAAACCGGGGAAUAAAUCUUCUUUGGCACAGCCACCAUUGCAAAAAAAGAUCCCUACAGGUAAUGAUUUAUUGGCGCUUCAGGAAGAAAUUCUAAACCUGAUCAAAGAUAAAUCCAAAGGCAUUCCAGUGCGACGAAUAAGGAAGGCGUACAAGACGGCUUAUGAAAAGCCCUUGACUCUAGACUCUGGAUCUCUCAAAGUUGCACUUAAACAGAUGAAGAAUAAGCUGUUUGUGCAACAUUCAGGAACGUAUGCUCUUGUUUUUGAGAACGAGCUUGCAGCAGUCAAAUUAAUGGAGCAACUUCGGGCUGAGAUAGUGGAUCUCCUGCAAACUGAGCCAAAUGGCAUUCCUGAAGCAAAACUAUGUGAGAUGUACAACAAGAAAAAUCAUUGCAACCUCAGAACAAAAUCUUAUGGAUUCGGCUCCAUAAGUGAGCUCAUCAGAUCCAUGGCUGAUGUGGUGGAUAUUGUCCGAACAUCCGGAAAAAAUGUGAUCAAACUGAAACCCGCACAACCUUCUGGAGUGAUAAAAACAGAAGACAACAAAGGAUCAAAGCCAGUUCCUGCCCCCUUACCAACUCCUCGUGCAAUGUAUGGACAAAAUAUAACACCAAUGAAUGGCAUGUUCUAUUCUGCACCGUUGAAUCAUUUUCCAUUGCCACCAGUAGUAACAUUUGGUUUCACAGAACGUCAAACAGUCUCGCCAGCAUUGUCGGCAUCGUCUUCGGAAGAUGAUCCUGAGAAAAGUGGAGGCGGUGCAAAACCAAAAAGUUGCCAGAGGGAAGAAACCUCAAGGAAAUGUUAUUCACCUGCAACUGCUAUCAGUCCAUGGCAGGUCCAAAAUACAACAGCGCAACCAACUGAAUCUUACACACUUAAUCAAAAGAUGACUGCUUCAGUUACUCCAGGAUCACGUUCAGCUUCCCCUGCCCUGACAACAGUGUCUUCAGAUGACUUCCCUACAUUAGACACAAAAGCAUCAAAAGAAGAACUGAAAAAGCUGAAAGAGGAGGAAUUGAGGAAGAUGAGAUUGAAGGACCAAUCUACCCAAAACUACCAUCGAUGUGUAAGAGAGGAACAUCGUUCUGUGAUGCAGUCAGCAGACACGUUAGCCUCAGAUCCUCUAAUGUGCCACAGAAAUAAGAAGAUUAACGUGGAAGAAGUGAAUCAGCAAACUGAAGAGUUUAUUCGUGCUUUAGCUGCUGAAAGAGAACAGGUCACUGAAAAAAAGGUAUUGGAUAGAGUUUGCAGACAUUUUCGGGUGCAAAACAUGAAAGACAUUGGCAUCUGGUCACCUGUCAGACAACUCUCUGCAGUUCAAGAACUUCGUCAGACUCAACGUGAAGUCACCAUUUUCAUCGAAGCUUUUGAAACUAUGCGGAGUGUCUGUACGCUUUAUGAGCUGAAUCAGUGCUUGGGAGCCCUGAAAAACAAGCCAACUUUUGAAGAUCUGAGACUUGGCCCUUUAUGCAAACAGCCUCUUGUGCACAGGUUAUUCAAAGUGCCUGAGUCUUUGAAGGAUGAGGAUAUAUUUGAAAUUGAAACCGUGGAUAUUUUACAGAGUAUCCGUGCAUAUAGAAAAUCCAGCAAAGAAAGAAAAAUAGAUUUGGCUGACUUCAUAAAAUAUUUAGCGGACCAAUAUCAUUGUGACUCGCCAUACGCGCUUGGAAUCAGAAUUACUAGCAUUGGGCUUCUAAUAUCAACUCUGGGGAAGGUUUCAAGCACAGAACGAGCUGCUAUAGACAAGGCAAAGAAUCGAGUUCAGAAGGAAAUAGAGGAGGAAGUAGAUAAUCGUUUCAACAAAGUUAAGAAAAAUCUAAUGGAACCCUUUGGUGGACCACAUCUGUAUUCUACCAGUGGAUCUCUGGAUCUCCGGAAGCAAUAUGCCUCUAUGACAGCAGCAGAUGCAAUCCUUCAGGUGUUCAUCAAUGCAACGGAAGUCUUCAGUAAUAAAAUGACUAAGCAUGUUCAGGACUUCCUGAUCAAGAUAGGAGAAGAUCGUCUGGCACGAGCACUCUUUCAGUUAGCCAUUUGCUGUGGUACCCUGGAAGUUCCUCAGGACCAGGUGGCGAAAGAGAAAACAAAUAAGACAGCUGUAAAUAAAGCGAGGGACAAUGAAACUCUUCUUCCUAGUGAAGGAUCUGUAAGAGAAUAUUUGGAAAAGAGCCUCUCCACUGUGACUGGGUACUUGAAUCUUGUCUAUUUAUGUAAACUGGAGAAAAACUUAGUCGAUCACUUCAAAUUGAAAGGCUUUGUUGACAUGGGACAUGGUACUUUCCUUGAAUAUCUGCUGAAACACUCUCAGCUGCUGGAAGAAACUGCUGGAGGAAGUUUGUUUCUAUAUCCACAAGAUACUGGAAUGUGUGGAUUCCGACCAAGUCAUCAAGAUGUAUAUGAGUUCAUCAGGCAAUGUGGGACCCUGGAGGAUUCCAUGUUUCCAGCAAUCGAGGCUGCACUGUGUAAGCAGUUUCGUGUGAGAGCUAUCAAGGAACUUGGAUACAGGACAGUGUCCAGUAUAGUGAAGAUGGUGCAACACCAAACCAAGUCACACACUGAACAUAACAAUCUACAAAGCUUGGUGCUGUAUGAAACUGCACUAUUUUUUGAAGAAUCCAGUCAUAGCAAUAGCAGUUCUGUCGGGCUCCUUGGGGAUCUGAGUCAGGAACAGGCUUUGUCAUGUCUGUUGAAUGCUCCUUUGUUGGAAGAUCUUGCAGAAUGGUCACAAUGGGAAACGAUAUUUGAAGCACAGCACGGUUCACUCAAGGACUUCAUCGAAAAGCAUUGUGGCAAGAAAGCAGCACACCUUAGUUUGGAAAGUUCAGCUGUGCUCAAUGACUUGGUUGCCAUAGAAAUAAAACCAGGUGUCCUGCUGCGACUCACCACAGAGACAAACCCUGAGCUCUUUGCUCAAGCCGUCACCUUACAUGACCCUGUGGGGACAGCAGGGCAUUUGGUUUCCAUUGUGGCCGCAGAUGGAUUAAGGAAUGCUCCCUUGGCAUUACUCGCUAAUCAUGUGGAAACUGCCCUGGCAGCGUGCGGAGGAUUAGAAGCAAACGUCUUGAAAACUGAAGAUGGAACUUCACAUCUAUCCACCCAAUUCAUUCUUGAUUGUCUAAUCAGAAUUCCAGUGAGACUCUGCAAAUCGCUCCUACAGAAGAUAUUCCUGGAGCCAUUUUCAAGAGUGAUCGGACAAUCUGAAUCAAAAGAACUCCUGCUUCAAGCAGCGAGAUCCUCCUCCAAGUAUCUGAACCGAUUACAUGAACUGGGAAGUCUUCUGGGCAUCACAGAAUGGACGAAGGACUAUCAAAUCAAACUGGAUCCAGCAAAACUCUCAAAGCUUACAUCAAAAGCCACAAAGGCAGUGGACUCUGUAUUGGGGAGCAGUGAGUCAUCACUUGCAGGCCUGAGUGAAACGGAAGAUUCCGAUGUGGCCAAGUCUGAGUCUAAUUCAGAAUGCAAAAGUGCAUCAAUCAGUUCAGAUGAUGAAGUGGAUCAGGAAAGUGAGAAGUUUGUGCUUGCAGAUGAAGUGAGUGACCAACCACCAAGUGACGAGAAAGUGUCUGACCACAGCAGUGACAUCAUGGUCAUAAACAGUGCUGCACCAGCUUUGAGUGAUGUAACAAAUAAGGAGCAAUGUUCAGCUGGCAUUGCCAGUGAGGAAGAGAGUGUAUGCAGAAACAUCAUUGAGAGCAUCAGGAAAAAUGAAUUUGGCAUUGGGAUUGAACUAAAUGAUGAGGGGAAGAAGUUGAUGGAAGUUCACCAGAAUCGAUUGGGUAGAAGCCUUGAACGCUUAUCCACAGAGUUGUACAGUAAAGAUACACAUUUUGUCUUGGAGUUGAUACAGAAUGCGGACGAUAACAGCUACCCACCUUCCAGUGAUAGUUCUCCCAGCCUGCUGUUUGUGGUGGAAAAGGAAUGCAUCAUUCUCCUGAAUAACGAAUGUGGUUUUCAGGAGAAGCAUAUCCGAGCAAUCUGUGAUGUGGGCUGCAGUACCAAAGGGAAACAUGAGUAUGGCUACAUAGGUCAGAAAGGUAUCGGAUUUAAAUCUGUUUUCAAAGUCACAGACACCCCAGAGAUUCAUUCAAAUGGUUUUCACAUCUGCUUUAACAAGCAUAGUGGUCCAAUGGGAUACAUCCUUCCUCAUUGGAUUGAUGAUACAAGGCCUAUCAACUUAAUGGGAACAGAAGCUGAGAAAACAAGAUGGACAACAAAGAUAGUCCUGCCAUUAAAGUCACAGAACCAACAAGCGCAGAAUCUAUUCCAUGACAUAGACCCAUCGUUGCUGCUGUUUCUCCACAGACUUCGCUCCAUUACAGUCAUUAACAAGGUAAAAGCCCAGGAUUUCUGGGUGAGUCGUCAAGAUUUCAACAAUAACAUACUGGAGGUGAAACAUAAAACUGGAACUGAUCGAUGGCUGGUGAUCAAGAAGAUUCUAGAUGCAAGGAAGAUUAAAGACAAUGUGGAAUGCACUGAGUUGGCUCUUGCCUUCAAACUUAACACAGAGAAGCAGAAACUGGCAGUCAGAUGCCUGCCAGAGAAACAGCCUGUGUUUGCCUUUUUACCUCUCAGGAGCUUCGGUUUCCGCUUUAUAAUACAAGGUGACUUUGAUAUUCCUUCCUCCCGUGAAGAUAUUGACCGUGACAGUUGGUGGAAUCAGUGGCUGCGUUGUGAAAUCCCACAGCUGUUUCUGGAAGCGAUGGAAACAUUCAAAAACCAUCCGAAUUUUAAAGGACUAGAAGGUCUCUGCCAUUUUCUGCAGUUUCUUCCACUACCAGAUGAGAUUUUAGAUUUCUUUCAACCUGUUGCCGGGCAGAUUAUUCAGCUCCUUAAAGGACAGACCUGUUUACCCACAAUAGAAAACAAAGACGGCAAAACUGAAUACAGAUUACCUUCUCAAACGGCUAUAACACAUGAUGCCUUGGUACGAGAAGUGAUCACCCCAGAGCUCCUUCAGAAACACCUGAAUCUGGCUUACCUGAGCCCAGUGCUUCAGUCUGCACUCAACCCUGCCCUGGUCUCUGCCCUGGGCAUACACAAACUCAGCAGUGCUGAUAUUAUUGCAGUCACCAAAGCCAUUGCAAAGGAACUUACACAGACUAACUCUGCUUUCGAUGAUGAUGACAUGAAAAAGAUUGCAAAAUUGCUGGUGUGUAACUAUCGCAGCCUCGAUCAAGAAUAUGGGAAUACUGAACAACUCUUGGAUGAUUUGAAAUCAGUUCCAAUCAUUCCUCUUGCUGAUGGAAGGAUGGUGUCACUCAAAGGUCAAGCCAUAUUUUUCCCUCUUUACGAUGAAGAGAAUGAACAAUUUGUAAACCGCGUACAAGGUAUUCAGGAGCUAUAUCGGGAUCUGAAGACCAUCCACCCCAAUGUGCUUACCUGCCUUGACAGUUUGGGUAACUCGCAGAUUCGCAAACUUCUGGAAAGGAUGGAUGUUUAUUAUCUUAAACCAGACAAAGUCAUGUUCGAGUACAUUCUACCCACCUUAAAGGAGCAAAGAUGGAAGGAGAAGUCUCAAGGUGUUGUGGUCAGCUACAGCAUCUUCCUCAAAAUGCACUGUCAGGAUAAUGAGCUACAGCAGUUUAGACCCUACAUUCCAGUGCUUACCAACAAGGGCUUUGUCUGUCCAGUGCACGUUAAUGUCAACUUUACAUGUAACUACAAGAAUGCCAUUAAUUUACCAGUGGACCUUCCAGGUGUUGACUGGGUACUAUUGGACUCAUGCUACCUGCGGACAGAUAAUGAUUCCGAAGGAUGGAGGGUGUAUUUCAGUUCCCUUGGAGUUCAGGAUUUGUUUGUUUUUCACAAGAAAAAACGUACCUUUACAAAACAGGAACUGGUGUCUAGCCCAUGGGCACAAAUCUGUGAAUUGUGGCCCAGCACAGCAGAUAAUACAUAUAUUGUGGAAGAUUAUGUCUGUGAAGAGCUUCACACCCUCUUGACUACAGACGUUCUGUCUACUCAAAUGAAAUUCCAACAGAGGAUUAACCUGCUCAAACUUUUUGACAGAAACUGGGACUCUGGUUGCAGGCUGUCUCAGUACUGCACAGCUAGACUCUUGAACAGCCAGGAUAAAAUUCUAAAGAACGAAGUUCAUUCUUCUUUUGCAAUGUAUCUUGCAACUCUGUCGUGGUUACCCACUGACAGUCCAGCUGAGAACGGCGCAGGGUUUUGUACAGCAUAUCUACGUCCUAGUGAGGUGUACCUGAGAUCAAACAAUUUAAUGGAACUAUUAGCCAACCGCGUCAGCUAUGUAUCUUGCGAUCUUCUUGAAAAGAGCACGUUUGCUGCUUUUACUGGUAUUAAGACCUCCAUUUCUGUGGACAUGAUGAUCAACCACUUCAAAUCGUGGUGUGCGAAGAUGCCUAUGAGUGGAUCUGGUGAUUUGGAAGGUGCAGAAUUUCAGACGCCAGCUGAGCACAUACACAGAGUUUACGCUUACUUGGCAAGGAACUGCAGUGGGAGUCAGCUGACAGAACUGUUCAAACAUUUCCCAGCCGUGUUUGUACCCAGCAGCACUGAACCGAUUUGUUCUGGAAAUUUCUACCAUUUGAAGGAUGUAUUUUGGAGUGAUCCAACUAGAAUGUUCCAACGAUAUAAAUAUCAAAUUCAGGACACAAAUGGACCUCACCUGCUUGCACCUUUCUACCAUCAAUGGGACGAUAUGAAAGAUCUAUUUCAGAAGACUCUAGAUGUUGAGAAAAUACCAGCUAUGAAACACUACGUGAGUCUGCUUGUGCUGAUAUGCAGUAAGGUAUCACUUCCCAGCAGUGAUAUCCUACAGGAUGUGUCUGUGAUAUAUGCGGUUCUGGCCGAGAAAUGCAAGAUUUAUGAUAAUGAUGACAACUGGGAGCUACAAUAUCCUUAUUGCCAGACACUUAAAGGAAUGUUAAAGGAUGAGAAAGUCUUUCCAGCCAAAGAUAAUCGUUGGGUGUCUCUGGCCAGCUCCCCUAUGAUACCAGACAAUAAGCAACUGGAGCGAAUUUUUAAAGCAAAUUCCCUGUGUUUGCUCAAUCUGCCUGCAGCGGAGAGGAAUCUGUCAAACUCCAAGACCAAAAGAAAGCAAGAGUUUCGAUUUAAUGAAGACGAUCGCAACUUAUUUUUUGAGAUCUGUGGGGUGAAGCCACUCUCCAGCUGCAUCAGUGUGGAAGCCCAGACUGAGAAUUACGUCCCCUGUCCAAAGGUCCAAAACUUUAUCCAUUCGCUCGUUCCAUUCAUCCAGAGGUGGCUGUUCCAUCACGAUGAUUUCAGUCACAUUUAUGAAGAUCUACAAAGUAAUAAUGUUGCUGCAAGGCUUAAGUCAAUGAUUUUCAUACAGGUCAGUAAACUGUAUCUCCAUUAUAAAUUGACUUUGCCGGAUAAUUCCAUUGUGUAUGAGAACGAGAAUAUAGUUUGUCACUUAAAGGACAGUAAGGAAUUCUACAUCCAGAAGGAUCACAUCAGUUCACGCAUAGAUAUCUGCAGGGAGUUUGUAAAGUUCUUUAGUGGUGAGAGAAGAGAACUUAAAAAGGAACUUGAACAUUUCCUUCAGAGUCUCAUCUCCUACUUUGAGGAUGAACCUGCGCUGAAAAAGUUUUUACAGAAGGAGGGUGUUGAAGAAUUGCCAGAAGAUGAAGAGAAAUGGGAAGUUCCCAAGGCUUUAGAGAUCAGACCAGAACCACCACGACCUCCAGCACCGAUUCCAAUACAAGACAGAAAGGAAAACAGUAAAGAAAUCCUGGAGGGCAAAGACAACAAAACUGAUGGAGAGAAGACUCUGGCUAGCUGGCCUCCCAAAGCAUCCCUUCAUAAUUACACUGAUGGAACAUCCAAUAAAGCUGCAGAAGCUGUCAUGAGAAUGUGGCCACCUCCUGCACCCCCUUCAGGCUCUACUGGUAACGUGGCUGACAGUAACCACCUACAGCAUCAUCAUCCUCCUCCACACGCUGGUGACCAACAUAGGACUCUAAGCACAAGCACCAAAGCCAAUGAGGAACCUCCUCACCAUCAGGAAUGGCAGAACAGUCAGAGCCAACAUGUACCCAAAGCAGAACACACUGAUCCAGCAUCAAUUUCAGAGUGGAAGACAGAUUCAAAUCAGUCCAAGCCUCCUUGCCGAGAACCUACUGCAAACCAAACGCCGGGACAACCUCCUGAUACUACAAGUGACCACACAAGUCAACAACCAGUGGUAUCUGUAACUAAGAACAACCACUUCAGUGGAGCAGAUAUGAAGACACCCUGCUUGCCCAUUCCCCUUGAUGUUCCAGUAUGGACAAAACAGCUGCCACAUGAGGAUGUCUUGGAGGAGCUGCUAAUACAUGGCAUGAUAGAAAAACCACAGACAGUAGUGUUCAACGAGGAUAAGGUCGAGAAUUAUGCCAUUGGAGAAUGGGGGGAGCGCCUGGUUCAUGCAUUCCUCACACACUGGAAGGAGAGUGACAGCCAGCACAAACCCAGGGACAUUAUGUGGGCAAACGAGAAUGGGGAGAGUGGUCUGCCCUAUGAUUUCAAGGUCAUAUUCACCUCCAUGAAUGAUGAGCAGGUGGAGACCUUCAUUGAAGUUAAAUCUACAAUCAAAGCUGAGAAGAACUUUGUCCAACUCUCAGCUCAAGAAGUGGACUUGGCAUUGAAGGUCAAAGAUCAUUACCACUUGUACAGAGUGUACAAGGCAGGGGACUCUCAGAAUGUUCAGCUGUGUCGAAUUAAGAACUUGGCACAGUGUUUGCAUGCCAAACAACUUGAAUUGUUUCUGUUUGUGUAAAUGCUAUGCUAUUUUUAGAGGUGAUUAGUCAAGUUUAUUGCUAAUUUAUAUAAAAUGCAUAAAAGCAAUGUGAACAAUUAGAAAACACUGUAGAUGUUAGGAAUAUUCAGCAGCAGUGGAAAGUAAUAUUUCAGGUGAUGCUCUUCUUAGAAUUUGAAGGUUACACCUAAAUUGUUAGCUGCUGAGUGUCUAGUUUUUUUAUUUUUAUUCAUUAUUAGCGGAUAAGAAAGAGGUUGAGGUUUAAGAUUGCACUAAUGGGAUAAUUUGGGAAGUCCUUUUUGUACUUAAUUUUUUAUCAAUGCUUUUAUACAUUUCCAAAUGCAUCCCCUAAGCAAAUAAUGCAUAAAAGAGUAUAUGUUCACUAUGAAAA